UGGCAAGCAAAUUAAGUAAAAAUGUUAAAGAGAGAUUCAGGAACUAACAGCUUUAAGCGCGUAUCAUUCUAAGUAUUCAAAUACGUAAAUUUAUGUUCGUUUCAAAAGUGUUUAAAUUUUAAAAGACAGAUUAACACAUUGUUAUAAAAAAAAUAUUCUAAGAGGGAAUCAACAAUGCAAUAGUACGCGUGUAUGAAAAUGUUUAAUAAUUGUUGAAAUUUUUUUUCGUAAUUUUUUUUGUUUGUUAAUUCUUUCUAUGCGUUCUAAGGGGAAUCAACAAUGCGUCAGUACGCGUUUAUGAAAAUGUUUAAUAAUUGUUAAAACUUUUUUUCGUACUUUUUUUGUUUGUUAAUUCUUUUUAUGCGUUCUAAGGUAUUAUUGUAAAUAUAUACAUAUAUUGUGAUGAUAAUAAAAUUUGCACCUUCUUUUGGGUUUAUAUGGUACAAAUUUCAUUAUGUAAUUUCAUCCAAAUAUAUUAAUUGUUUAUUAUAUUAUUCGUACAAAUCUUUAAAAAAAAGAAACAAUACCAAAAACGAAUGGAAGUGAACUAAGUAUGUAUUUACAAAAUAUAUGUCCGCAUUGCAUUUUGUAAUUUUCUACCUUUAUAAGCAUAUUGUUGUAAAAAUAAUAAAUUAUGAGCUAUAUAUGUUCCACUUAUUUUAUUUAUUUCAAAAACGAAGACGGUGAACUCAACUGAUCACAACCAAGAUGCAGUAUGUAUAAUAGAUAAAAAGCAAAGAACAUUUUAAUAUAAGUAUACUUAUAUAUCAUUAUUCAGAUUACUCUGUACUUUUUCAAUGUACCAAACUUCCUGUGUAUGUAUAUUAGUUGGCAAAAUGUGUGUGUAAAUAAAACAAUUAAAUUCUCUGUUUAAGCCGAGAAUAGCAGUUGUCAAACUAUUAAGUGUCAUCAUCGCAUUCUUUAUGUCUCACAUUCUUAAACGUCGUCAAUGUUUUCAAUUCCUCGUUUUUACAUUCAUUUCUUUCGAUUUACGCCUCCAAUGGAAUUAUGAUUAAGCCAAUUAUAAUAUUUUGUUUAAUAUUACUAAUAAGUGUUGAAAUCUACGGAAAGCGGGUUAUUGUGAAACGUAAGACAACGAAAAAAACUCGUACUCCCGUAGAAGCGUGGACAGGUAAGUGGUUUCCUGGGCCACCACAUCCUAAGGACGAUUGGAAGGGAAAAUGGUUUCCUUAUCCACCUUAUACAAAUGGUCAAACCUUAAAUGGGUACGAUAAAAAACGACUUACGGCCUCCGAAAUUUGUGAUGAUGGCAAGCAAUACAUUGGAAUCGAUUAUGAUCCAAGUGAUGCUAAACAAUCUUUUGAGCACCUAUGUUUAGCGAAUCGCACUUUAUACGCACCUAAUAUGAAGCGUGAAGCAUUGCGAAUUGAGUACUUUAUCCCACCAGCCUACGUAUCGCCAGUGAAGUGCCUUAAUGAAACAAUUACCUAUGAAACGAUGUUGCCUACUUAUGGUGCCUACCGCCCAAUUGUCCCGAAAUAUGGUUCAUAUAUAUUCAUGCCUCCCCAAAGAUAUGUUUCAUCCUUAUCUCAAGGAGCCAUUGUAAUGCUUUACCAUCCAUGCGCUUACAGUGGCCAAGUAAAGUUAUUGCAAAACACACUUCGAGCCUGUUUAUAUCGUCACAUCAUAACACCUUCGCAAGCUCUGAGUCCGGAACGACCGCUCGCUCUACUUGCAUGGGGAAAAAGCUUGGAAAUGUCUGUGGUAGAUGAUCAUUUGGUCGUAGAUUUCAUGAAGCAGAAUGCAAAGCAAGGACCUAAUUUUUCUACGAAGCGACAAAGUAAUACAAAAAUGUACGAAGCGGGCUUGCUGCAGGAAGCUCAUUUAAUUACUGAUGAAAAUGAUGUUGAGAUCUGUGGAUAUAAAGAGGGAAUGUAAAGCCCUAGCUUAACAAUGGUGCAAUAUAUUCCACUUGUGGAAGACCUUAAAUUAAAAAUCGAAUAUGUUUAUUAAAAAUUUACACGCCUUAUUGGGUUUCAAAAAUUUAUAAAAAUGUAUAGUUCAUAUGUACCUAUCAUACAAAACAAAUAUUGUUAUAACAUGUUAAUAAUUAAAGUUGUAAAAAUUAAUAAAAAAAAUUUCCAAAAAAAAUACAUAAAUUUCGCGAAUGGGCAACUCCAUACUGAUAACUAGGUAUGUGCGGAAUGAAAAGACAACAAAAAACAGGUGUUCAUACAGCUGAGCGUAUUUGUUGAAUUUUUGCCCCGAACGCGAAUAAAAAUUGUCAGAUCUAA